CGCGCAGAUGGUCAAUGGUGCCGGAGGUGGGGAUGCGCUGACGGGGCACCGUUAAUCCCCCGUUGCCCCUCGAGCGCAGUCAAAUUAGCCGGACUUUUCCUCGAUGUUAUCUUUCCGCGAGCGAGUUGAUGCGCCGAGGCGCCAACUCUGACAUCGAUUGAGGUUUCCAGCAACGCUGGUCAUCCCGGUGUACGAGCACGCGCUCCAAAAUAGCCGUCUGGGGAGGCGCGCGCGCCACUGCGAGAGGUGCGUGCGUGUGUUUCGCCUGUGCGCGACUUCUAGUCUCACGUCGCACCGAUGCUGAAGAGGCAGGUCUGAACCAUGGGUUUUCGUCUGAUCGACGCUGCCAGGGCCAGGUGGAAACGGCUGGUCCUGAGCGGCACUCUGGCGCACUGCAUAUUCUUCACGACGGCAUUCAUACUUGCGGGCAUUGCGGUGGUCGUGGUGUCGGUGAUGCUGCUGCUGGACAGCAGCAAGUACUUGGCCAAUGAAGGGGGCAACAGCCAGGACAGCCAGCUGUACUUCUCCAUCAUCUACAUCCUGCUCGGCGCGGGCUGUUUCAUGGCCAUUGUUGGCUUCUUUGGAUGCUGCGGGGCCCUGCGUGAGAGCCCCUGCAUGCUCUGCACCUUCUUCAUAUUCUUGGUGGUCAUCAUCGCUGCUGAGGUGACCGGUGGCAUCUGGGCUUGGAUGAACUUGGAGAGUUUUGAGAAAGCAGUCAAAGGCCAGGUGCAGCACAUGAUGCACAAGGACUACUCGGUGUCCGACGUGAUCACCAAGACCAUCGACACCAUGCAACACGAUCUGCGCUGCUGCGGAGUGGAGGGCCCUCAGGACUGGGCUUCGGCCCGCAUCAACCAGAAGGCAUCGGAACAGGGUGGUGGCGCCCUGGCAGCUUCCGUUGAGGCUGGCAUCCGGAACCUGGGUGUGUACCAGGUGCCACGUUCGUGCUGCGUUGAGGAGGAUUCGACCACCUGCGACAUCAACCGCCAGUUUGGUGGAGGGGGCUCCCUGCUGCACGGCCUGCACACACAGGGUUGUGGAACAGCUCUUUGGAAUGGCCUGUACAACAAUCUCGUCCUCGUCUGUGCCAUUGGCCUGGGCAUUGCAGUGUUGCAGAUUCUUGGCCUCAUAUUCACCAUGGUGCUGUGCUGUGCGGUGCGAAGGGACAGCGGGACCAGCUUCAAGGCUUGAACACGGUGCCCCCUGUGCUUUCUUCUUGCUCGGCACUCGGCGCCUUUUCCGUUUUGCGCCUUUCGUGGGCCCUUGCUGCUGUGUUGCCAAGCCUUCCUCAAUCUUUCUAUCUCUCUCUCCCAGAAGUGGUCGUGGCAGAGGACCACUGGGCAUCGCAACCACGUUGCAGGGCUCUCGUGUGCGUCUUCGUCACAGGAAGCGACUUAUGACCGGUGGUACUUUCAUUCGACCUUUUCUAGAUGGGGCCGCUAUCUGUCGUUGCCCAAUUUCUGUCUGCAGGCGUACAGGUAUUCUUGCUGAAGGCAAACAGCUUGCAUGAAGCCAUUUUUUUUAAACCCGUACGAAGAGCUACAGGCUUUUCUUUCCUCUCUUCAUAUUUUUUCUUUAAAGACUGAGUACUUGCAGUAUUGAGCCAUAUACAAUAUUGCUUCGUGCUAUCCCUGGUGUAAAUUACUGCGUUAUUAACUGUCCAUGCAGCUAGUCGCAGUUUUCGGUACAAGUUGCCGUGAUUGGCAUUUAUUUCAUUUUUUUCCCCUUCGCAAAGCGUUUGCUUAGUCAGCGAAUGCCAACGAACAACUUGCAGUGCCAGGCACGCAGAGCCAUUUCAAACGAGACAACCAUUGUGUGAUUCUAGUACAGAUAUGUUCCCACACCACUGCCCCGUGCUAGUUUCUUAGUAUUUGUAUAAUGUUAAAUUAAAACUUCUUUUCUACCGUCAACGGGCACGACCUGUCACCAGUGCGAAGAAUACGUGCCAUGAGGCAGCUGCUCAUUUGUAGGCACCAUUUGUCGUUGCACUUAAGAGCUUAGUUUCUAAGGAAGUGUCUCUUGUGUCAGGGGCUGCCCAGUUAGCGGUUAACGGGGCUCAUUUGUUUGCUAGAAUACCUUCUCAACUAUGUGAGCCAGUGUGGAGAGAGAGGAAGAGAGUUACGGAUGGACCUUGGAAACAAAAAAAAAAAAAAAAGAGGCUGUUCUAUGGUCACCUCACUGACAAAAACAUGUUGAGGGGAUCAACUUCUUUGACUGCCACGAAUGUUUAAUUGUACGUACGAGUAUAUGGUUGUAAAGGGCCUUUCUGUUUUCGGUUCAACUGCCACCAAUCUUUACGCGUGCCCUACUUUUGUGUCCGUUUAUAUUGUACAUUCUGCGAGGUGUACCUCCCCCCACCCCCCCUGUUCGCGAAGCGAUUGUUCGUGCCCGCGAGAGCGAGCUUGCUCUCGCCUGUUGCUGACUGUACUUAGCGUUCAUGAGCGUGUGUAGUCUCGUAAGAAGAAGGUGCACCGCAAUCACGCCACGCUGACGACUGUUUUGCUUGACUAGAUGAAUGUGCAUUUAUUUUUUAUGAGAAACAUCGUAACGUGCGUACAUAUGAUUCCUGCUAGCAUUGUUGUAGGAUGCUUUCCUUGCUGGUGAAGCACAACGCAUACUUAUUAUUAUACUCAUGGUCAGAUAUAUUCUCAGGACAGUGUUUUGCAGCAGUGAAGAGCCCACCAAUUUUUGUCGUUUGCUCCUCCGACUGAAGCAUUGAAAAAAUAAAAUAAAUAAAUGUGUUAAAAGAUACGCGGCAGUGUAUAUUAUUGGUUUGUAGCAAGAGAAUGUCAGGGACAUGUUGAAUGCGUCUUGGUUAAAGAGCUGUCCUCUUGAGGCCUCUACCGGAAAGUAAGGCAGUAGGCAUGCUGGCUGCAUUACCGCAAAAAACAUUGCGUCAUGUUGACGCAACGCCCGAUCUAGUAAUGCCGUUGCCAGCAAUGCUUUUAAGUAAUGCCUGCAACGCUGUUACGGCUUUUUUGUACGAGAAGGGCGUAAAGUAUCAAUGUUGGACAACUGCGAAGCGUGUUGCAGUACGAGCUGCCAGGCAACUGGCAUUCAAAAUUGUUGGGCUUUCUCGCACUGCGCGCAACAAGCCGCUGCAUAAUCGUUGCACAUUUCAUGUUGAAAAGCUGCUGCGUACGGACUUCCGUGUCUGUAGUGAAGUGCUUCAGCUUAGCUUUGAGACGCACCACCGUUUACGAGAGAAGCGAAAGAUUUUUGUAUCGUAUGUACUCUGUUGAACCUUCGGCCAUUUACAGAAGCAGAUGAACAAAGCUAUUAUAAUAUACCACAUGGGGCCAAUGUUAUGAGCAUUGUGUCGCAGGAAAGCCAGAAAUGACGGCGUGCGCCUUCGUCAUUUGCGCUGUAUUUUUGCUGGAGCCGCUCCUCGUGCUGGCACAAAUUUAGGAUUUGAAGCAACAAAUUUGGGGCGCAUUUGCUCAAAGGUUCAGAGAGUCGCACGGUUUCUUCCUAAAAUGAGUUGCACAUCACUGGCCGGGCUAAUGUCCCGGUUGUUUGCUUUACGAGUUUCGUUCAUCUCAUUUAUACAGUACUUUUUGCAUCAUCUCGUUGUGAAUAAGUCCGCUUAAUUGUUACCAUUAUUAUACAUACAGUGUAUACUUUUUUUUUUAUUUUUGCAUAUUGAAGCAUCGCCAGAUCUGCCUGAAUGUUGCUAAUAUAUCGCCCGACACUUAGUACUUGUUCUACAGAUCUGAAUAUUUGGUCGCUAUGUACAUUAGUAGCAUCCAAAAAAGCGCUGUUGACGAAACAUGGUUUGUGUCACGUUUAUUCGUCAUCCUACAGUUCUUGCAAAGUAUUUCCUGUGCUGUAUUGCAAUACAUAAAGGCGUGCAAGUGUAUACGCAGUUAUGAUCUCUGUUGUGCAUCUCUCUUUCUCUCUUUGUUUUUUACUGUGAAAGUUGAAGAACCAUGUAAUAUUGUGAACCCAAUAAACAUGUUUUCCUGUAUUCCACAAACAAA